UCUGGAGUCCACAAGUACACCUGUUGAGAUGGGGUCCUCAGAUGGGCAAGGGGGUGAAGGAGACAAGCCACUAGAGAAGGUGGCGGAUAUACCCUGCUCGGAGAGGGGCUCCAGCACCACCCCAGCUGGAGACUCACUUGUGAGCCAGGCCAAGGGCCUGGACCAGUGCACCUUCCGAAUUUGCAAGGAAUGCUUAAGACCAUUAAAGAAGUUCCUGCGAAAGUUGAAUGUGCCCAAGGAUCUUCCCCAGAAGAAGCAGCUAAACUACAUGAAGGCGAGCCUGGUGGUCCUAGGCGACCACAUCAACACCUUUCUGAAGCACUACUGCCGAGCCUGGGAAACCAAGCACUGGAGGAAGAUGCUCUGGCGAUUUGUCUCCCUCUUCUCAGAAUUAGAGGCAAAGCAGCUUCACAAGCUCUACAAGUACACCAAGAACAGCCAGAACGCCAAGUUCCUGGCAACUUUCUGGUCCUCCGACGCUCUGGAGAGUCCCUUGGCCAACCGGGAAGACUCUCUGCCCAAGAUCUGCAGCGCCUGGGGGCUACACAACAACAUCAGCGGCGUGAAGGAGAGGCUGUCCAAGAUGCAGGCCCCAGACCGUGAGGCCUCUCUGCUGGCGAAGCCAAGAUCCAAUGUCCAUCUCAGGAGAGGUUCUUCGAGGAAACUUCCUCAAAAACCAAAACGCAAGAGCAAGGGGGUUAAGGAAGCCCCAGAAACCCUAGAGACCAGCCCAUAA